AUGAUAUUAACGGGUCGCAGAAGACGUGGCAUCGCAACGAUCCUGUCGCUUGUCUUAUGCCACUCAGCUGCGAGUAGUUCUGGUCCGACGGAAGAUCUGUUCACUUUCAGCUGUUUGCCAUUGACAACCCAACGGUCUGAUCCGAUCAUAUCCCCGGGAAAACCCUCCUCACACACACACGUAGUUGUAGGGGGCACAGCUUUUCAGAGGCUGAUGACAACCGACACCGCGAGAAAUGCCAACGACACAACCUGUGAGCUUGCGAUAGACCGGAGCAAUUACUGGAUUCCUCAAUUAUAUCAUCAGACGCGAGAUGGGUUUGAAACAAUCGAAUUUGAGAACAGCGCUAUUUAUUAUUUCAACAGAGCAUGCGAUUAUUCCCCGAACGCAACAUCCUGCGAUGGUACAAAAUACCCGCUGGCGCCACCCCCCGGGCUACGCGUAGUUGCUGGGGAUUUAUUUCUCCGAACGUAUAACGAGACGAAUUUCGCACAGCGGGCCAUCUCCCACAUGUGCAUGAAGGAUGAUGGAACUUCAAGCGAAACAAAACAUCUUCCACAGCAGUCAUGUCUGAAAUUGCGAUCGCAAGUAUUCUUCCCCUCAUGCUGGGAUGGGAAAGCCCUCGAUAGUCCAGACCAUCAGAGCCACAUGGCCUAUCCCGCGGUUGGGGAUUAUAAUCAGGGUGUUUGCCCGGAGACCCAUCCGGUGGCAGUGUACUCGAUAUUCGUGGAAUUCUUCUUUAACACGGAGCCCUUUCCGGACUAUGAGAAUUGGGUGUACGCUAUGGGCGACCCCACAGGGUAUGGUCUGCAUGGAGAUUUCCUCAACGGCUGGACAGACCAGAACGCACUGCAGAAUGCUAUGGCGACAUGUACCGGCCUGGAGGGGCUGAACGAUCCGGAAUGUUCGAUCACAAACAACCAAACGAGGGCACUGACUCCAAUCACACAUGCUUUGGAUGUACCUCCUCCGUUGGAGCAAUUGGGUCAGCAUGGGCCUCUUUCCAAACUGCCAGGUAAUAAUCCGAUCACGGGAUCACACGAGCUGCAGUGA